GCAUUUUGGCCAUUCCAGGGGGAGUAAACUCAGUACUAGACUCACUGACCCAGGCAAAGUAAACUCAGUAGCGGGAACGUUCAACGUGGCGAUCAAACCUUGGGAAAGUAUAAGGAGAGAAAAACAAAAGAGAAGUGAAGAAAAGGAAAAAAAAAUUAGCUAGGGUAUCAACUUCGAAAUCCAUAGAAGGGUUUUAUUUCAUUUUGCUUUCGAAUCUCUGUUUUUCUGAGAGGGAUUUCUCUGGUUCUUUGCCUUGACUUCCCUUUUCAUUUCACUCUGUCGCUGCUGCUGCCAUGGCGGAUGCCUAUUGGAAUCGACAACCGCCUAUGCCCAAACGCCCUCGGGCUGAUUACGAUCUCCGAGCCUCUAUGCCACCUAUGGGUCAUGAGAUGCUUAAUUAUUUGCCACAUGAUGAUGAUCGUGGUGGGCCUCAUGCUGUAAAAGACACAAAAACAAUUGGAUCAGCAUAUGACCGUUAUCUCCAGGGCGCGAAACCUUCUUCAUUCAGUUCUGGAGAAGCCAGUAACUUCAGUGGUGGAGCUGGGUUAGGAAGGGGCUAUGGGGCUGGUGGAGGAAUGUCUCGUCUUCCCAUUGGGGAGCCCGGUGGUAUGGUAGGUGGUCCAGGUGUUGGUCCAGAUCUAGCAGCCAAUGGUCGAGUUAUGGGUUUAGGUAGUCAGCAUCCAAUGGACACAAUGGCUAGACCAGGCCGUGAAAUGCCACCGCCUCUGCCUCCAGAUGCUUCCAACACUUUGUUUGUGGAGGGACUUCCCCCUGAUAGCACACGUAGGGAAGUAGCCCAUAUAUUUCGCCCUUUCUUGGGUUACAAGGAAGUGAGACUUGUGAACAAAGAACCUAAGCAUCAAGGUGGGGACCCUCUUAUACUCUGUUUUGUAGAUUUUGCAAGUCCAGCUUGUGCUGCAACUUGUUUGAAUGCCUUGCAAGGUUAUAACAUGGACGAUCAUGACCCAGAUUCUCCCUUCCUGCGGAUGCAGUUUGCUCGGUAUCCUGGUCCAAGAUCUGGCCCUGGACAUCGUGGCAAGCGGUAAAUCAGGCCCAAGGAAAAAUUUUGGUGGUAGUAAUUAACUUGCCAAUGGAUUAGAGGGUGCAGAUCUUACCUUUUCUCAGUAUUUCCCAAUUGCUUUUCGUCGUGGAUUUUACUGGAUAUAACUGAAUUCAGGUUGCUCAUGGUCAACCACACAAUGUAUGGUACUUUUGGGUUGAAAAGUAGGAUCAGUUGUAGGAGGGUUAUGAUUUUGAUCAUACAAUGAGACAAAGUUCGGACUGUCAAAUUUGAUUGGUAACGUUGCCGCAGAAGCUAGAAUUGGGAAGUUCAAUUGUGCAUUUGACAAUGUUGCAAUUACAUUUUAAAAUUUGGUUGUUACAUUGGUCAUGAUGAUUUUUACUAUCAACUCAAAUGUUGCUUAGAUUAUGAUUUUCA